CUUGCAUCAAAAACAGCUCCUGAGGUUGAGCCGUUGCGUCGUUGUGCCGGUUCGGAACACGGAAGCAGGCUCCAUGAAGUAGAUGAAGAUUAUGUGCGAAUUAAAAUAGUACAUAUCGCUCACUAUGAUGUCGCUUGGAUGCUUUCCCACACACAACUCCUACAGUCCUGGGGAAAGUGUAAGGCAGUGGUGACAUCAUGGGUGAUGUUACGAAAUGGUUGGGGUAUUGCAAGGUGGGAUCGUGUACGGAUCAGAGAAGAUACUAGGAUAGGCAGGAUCGAGUGCUGUAAUUGAACAAGUCCUUUGAAGUGCCGGUUACUUCUUGACUCACUUGUGUAGCGUCUAUCCACCCAAGAUGGGUGCACGUCGACCAAGAGGACGCGAAGGCAUUUCACAAAUGAAAGCACGAACCAUGAGUGCCCUCACAAGAUUCCCCUCGAAAACGGGAUUCCCUUUCGGGCACAGGGGGGAUUCGGAGGCCAGGCUCCGCCCAGUUACCAAUUCGAAGCAAUUGCCCCCACGCAAAUUGGGUCACCUUCUUCGUUGUCAAUAAGCCAAAACAGUCAAGGCGUGCGUUUAGUCAACGAUGAUCCAUCGUGACCUGGCCUUGCGGAAGGGCAGGACUUUCGUCCCUUUGACAGAAUGGGCUUUCCUAGAAUCCCAGACGGCAAAAACCCCUGGGUAUGGGAGCAAAGGCGCAACUGCACCGGGAAGACUGUGGAACCUCAUAACCAAUUCUCACAACGCGAAGGAAUAGAAAGGGGAAAAAAAAACCACGUUUUUCUAGGCCAAUUCAAUUUGCCCAUUGAGUACUUCCCUUUUUGAGAUCUCCCCCCAAAACCCCAAGCAGAAAUUUAGUAUUCGUAUAAAAUACUUGUGGUCCCUUCAGCACGGCCUUGUUCUCUUCUCUCCUCCUUAGAGCAACCU